GGUUCUCCCCGCAGCUGCCGCUGCUGUCGCCUCUGCCACCUGCUACGGCCGGUCCUCAGCCCGGGAUUUAGUCACCUCUUCUUUCUUCUCCACCGCGCCCAUGGUCCCUCCUGGAGCCAGGGUGGCGGGUCCGGCGGCUUCCGCGUGGUGAGAGAACGGUCCGGGGACGAUGCAGGCCCCGCGCUGCUGCUACUGUCUUAGCCGCCUCCUGGCCUCGGUCCUCCUACUGCUACUGCUCUCAGCGCUGAGCGGGCCCCGGCCAGUGCUGCUGCAGGCGGUGGAGGCCGCACCGGGCCCUGGGCCUCCAGACCCCGGGCCGCGGACGCUGCCGCCUCUGCUGCCUGACCCCGCCGCCGCCCAGCAGCAAGGCCGUGCUCCGGCUGAAGCUACUGGGCCGCGGGGAUCCGAGGGUGGCAAUGGCAGCAGCCCCGGGGCGGGGCUUGAGGCAGACAAUCACGGAGGGAAGGCCGGGGAAGGCUCAGUGGGUGGAAGCCUUGCCGUGAGCCCUAACCCUGGAGACAAGCCCAUGACCCAGCGGGCCCUGACUGUGUUGAUGGUGGUGAGCGGAGCAGUGCUGGUUUACUUCGUGGUCAGGACGGUCAGGUGAGGCGAAACCUUCGUGGGACUUCCCCGCGG